AUGACGAUAGCAUCCGUCGUCGAAGCGACUCCUCGGGUGUCAGAUCUGUAAUUCCAUUCGGUCACCACACUGACAGCACUGUCCGCAAACGGGCUCACGUGAACGCCAAAUCAGGCCAGAAGAGAAAACACACACAGACACACACACAUACACACACACACACACACACCCCUUCCUACCACUUGCACAUGGCUACGGCUGUGUGCACUCUAUAACCUCAAAACACAAUCCAGUGGUUGCACACGUGCAAGACAUCACACUUGAAGGCCUUUACAGAUUUACAGACAGUGUGCUUAGAAAACCAUGUCUGUAUGUUUCACUACCCUCACUAAUAUACAGGUGAUUCAUUGAAAACAUACUUCUCCUUUUCUACUUUUCAACCAUUGUUACCGCCAGAACACCACCACCAUUCCGGAUAAUAUUGAUAACAAUCAUCACCAGUAUCACUACUACAAUCAUCACCACAAAUAUUACAAUCUACAAUAUUACUAUGCUUUUGACAACCACUACCAUCAUUACUAUCACCACCACCGUUAUGAAAGAUAAUUUGUGUGUAUGUAAGAGAGAGGCGAUAAAACAUAUUGCCAACAACAUCAACAUCAAUCAAAGGCAGACCUUCACCAGCAAGCAGAAAUCUGUGAAACCGGUUUCCCGUAAACCCACUAGAGGGCGUCUGCUCCACUGACUUCUAAAAUACACACAUGCCAAAGUCAAUUCUUUAACUUUGGGAUGAUGCCUAUGUUGUGAUAGAUCGAUAUUUUACUCCCGUGCAUUUCACAACAUGGCUCUUGGAUUUGGACUGGAUAGAAAACAAGUGUAAAAAGAAAUGAAGAUGUAAUAAAUAAAACAACAACGCAUGAACCUAAGAAAAAUGCACGCUAGUGUACUUAUAAUGCUAUUAGAGUUAAAACAUUGUCUAAGAGAAUUGAUACAUUAAAAGAUAUUUCUUUCAAGACCUGACAUUUGUAAAAAGACCUGAAAUAAGUAAAAAAAAAAAAAGGAAUAUUAGAAAAUACACGUUGGCCUUCAACACAUAACUAUAUUUGCAUAUAUCUAAGAUUUGAAUAAUUUAAACCAUUUUGGGCAUAGAACAGUCGUACCACAAAGGAGGUUUGAUUCUAAGCACUUCACGCAAGCGCGCAUCUUGCGGAGUUUUGUUUACCUUAGUAACCAUGGCGAAGUUAGAGGACAGCGGGUUGCUGGAAGACAAGAGACAACUUGUUGAACUUAUACAGAAUUUAAGACGCUCCAAUGAGGUGCUACGAGCUGAAACCGACAUGUUUGAGCGGUAUGUUGGUCGUUUGGACCCACGUGAACUUGUGCUACAAAGUGGAACUGACGGGGACAUGGGGGCGAGCCGUGCAAGGAAGACCACCAGAGCACGAACAAUGACCCAAGAAAAGCUUCAGCAGCUGACGAUGGAGCAGAAAUGUGAUGUUGCCCAGAGGGAAAUGGAUGAGAUGAGGGACGACCUGGAGAAGCUGAAUGAUACCUCUGAGAGAGUGAUGCUCAACCUUAAGGCUACCUUGGAGGAAGCUGACGUGCGGCUCGUGGAGGUGAAGAAGGCCAGCAACGAGUUUGACCGCGAUGUGGCCAAGAUUCUGAGAGAGAAGAAGGGCGUCAUGAUGGGCGCUGAGAAGGUCAUCCGUUACUUUGAGGACAGGAUGAGGGCAAAGGACACACUGGUGGAGAAGCUGCGCCUGAAGAAUGCAGCAUUGCUCGUGCAGAAGCGUAAGCUCCGUCUGCAGAUGUUUCAGAAGGAGGAGAUGGGAGAGGCGCUGCACGAGGUGGACUUUCAGCAGCUGAAGAUUGAAAACAGUCAGUACCUGGAGCGCAUUGACGAGAGGAACCAGGACCUGCUGCGCCUCAAGCUAUUGGCAGGGAACACCCUGCAGAUCCUCAACUCAUAUAAGAAGAAGCUGCAGAACAUGACCUGUGAGUCGAAACUGCUGAGCAGCGAUAUUGCCUCACGGCGGGAGAUGCUGGUGAAGAUCGAGGAAGAGACGGAGCAAGCUGAAGAGGAACGUGUGAAGGCUGAGGUUCUGAACAGGAAGUUACGAGGUCAGCUGGCAGACUACCGUGUGCCACCCGUUCUGCAAUACAUCACAGCCAAGGCCUCUCAUAACCAGCUGGAACACAUUGUACGGGCCUGGGAGCGCAAAGUUGAGAUUUCAGAGAUGGCCCUGAAGACCCACUCCAAGGCCUGGAACAAGCUGAGGGCCAUAGCUGCUGGACCAGGACCAGCCUCUUAGAUGACCUGUCAAACCUGGAACCAACGAUCCACAGGGAGCCUUACCUCACUGAAUGUGAGAAAUUACGUUUCACAUUAAAUUGUUUGUACUGUACAGAUAAAAGCAACAGAAUGACGUAUGCCUGUCCUGAAACAAAUCUAUGACUAAAUUCCAUUGUCUUAUACAUUGCUAUUCACAGAAUGUAAUGUAGAAUGUGCAGAUGUCUUCUAUGAGCUCACUAGGCCUAUAUCAAAACUUAGAUGCCGUUCUUAUCAUGUACCAUAGGCAUAUUUUGCUUCAAAGUAUAAUACACGUUACUGAUUUGAUAUGAUUUAUCAAAUAAACAUUGUUCAGUAA